AUUUCGACCUAAAUCAUUUUUCCAGCCAAUUCUCGGCAAAAACUGAGAUAGGGUUUUGACUGGCUUGUCAAUAUCUACAACUCUUACCAGACAUCAGCCCUUGAAAAGGCAUUCUGGGCCAGUUACAGUCUGAAAUGACCAAAAAAAUGACAAUUUUUCGGCAUUUUUUGGAUUUUUCGCUCUACUGGUCAUCUACGCGGUGGACUUUUAUUCAGUUUCUGACCUGUGUAGUAUAGCCAGAACCUGUAGAAAUAUUUUGUUACUUGUCAGUUUGCGAUUUGGAUGGAGUUUGGCGACAAUUGAUUCAGACAUAAAAGACAAAUUUCAGGCCAAAAUGAGCAGAUCACGACUACGAGCUUCGAUUUGACAAAUAAAAGCAAGCGAUUUCUACCUGUUCUGCCUUUGAACUUCUAGUAUAAUCCCUUACGAACAUUUUAAGUACUAACUCGACUAAAUCGAGUGACGUUAUUACAUAUUUCUAGCCUCAUAUUCGAUUUCAACUCUCAAAAAAUCGACUUUUGACCAAAAAAUCCUUAAGUAUAGGGUUUUUAGGGAUGUUGUCUUGGAGCAAUUUUAUUUUUUCUCGAAAAUAUGGAGAGUCUUCCCAGAUAAAAACUGUUAAAAGUGGCUAUUUAAGGUACCUCCCGAACAAAAGUUACGGUUUUCAUGCAUUCUGCUAUGGAAAUAUCAAUUUUUGUUCGGGAGGUACCUUAAAAAUACACUUUUUGGAUAAGUUUCUUAGUGAAAAGUAAUUUUUUUUCGAGUAAUUUUGUGAAUCUACUCAUACAGAUGCUCUUAUGAAUGAUUUUUGAGGUAAUGCGCCACAGAAAAGUGCGGUGCUUGUUGUUGUUUUUUUCACAGGCUGAACAAUCAUUUAUGACCUUUGAAGGUGCGCAGCUUCAAGGCUCUGCAAAAAUUGGUGAAAAAUUAACGUCAUUAACCUUCCAGAAAAUUAAUAGAGCAAUUACAGCGAUUGAUUCGCAGCCAACAUUCGAUGGUGGUGUCCUGAUCAAUGUGCUAGGUCGACUUCAAUGCGAUGACGAUCCUCCGCAUGCAUACACACAAACAUUCUUGCUCAAGCCAUUGGGAGCAUCGUUUUUUGUCCAGCAUGACAUUUUCCGUUUGGCCAUUCAUGACACUGCUUAAAGAGACGAUCAACUAGCUACGUACAACGGUGCUGCCAUCAUCACAUCAUCUAAUGAUCGAUAAAUGCUCGGCCUCAGACACAAACAAAAACUACACAAAAUUUAAUUAAGAAUUCUAGAUUUGUUCUUUUCGCAUUUCAAAAAAAAAAAAAUAUUUUUGUAACAACUCAUUUUGAUUAUUUGAAAGAAAAAAAAAUUCUCCAAAAAAGCAACUAACAAUGUAUCGGAACACAAAGAAAAAUGAAAUAAAACAUUGUAAUGAUUAAAAUGA